CAGAUACUAUCAAGAGCGAAGCCAGCUGCUUCUGAAGGAGUGAGAAAGUCCGCAUCAGACAAAAGAACACCAAAAUUAGAGGAAUUUUUGGAGAAGCGCGAUUACACCGGCGCUUUGACGCUUUUGGAGUACAACAAUGCCUCAGAAACUACUGUAAAUUCCGAAUUAUGGAUGGGCUACUGCGCUUUUCACUUAGGAGACUACAAACGUGCGUCAAAAAUUUACGAGAAUUUAAGAAGGAAAGAUCAAGCACCGGCGGAUACGUCGACGAACUUAGCAUGUUGUUAUUUCUAUCUUGGCAUGUACCCUGAGUCUCAACAAAUUCUGGAAGAUGCUCCACACAGUAAAUUGAAGAACAGACUGUUGUUUCACUUAGCGCACAAGAUGGGGAAUGAAGCAAAAUUGAUGGAAUACCAUCAUACGUUGGAGGAUAUGAUCGAAGAUCAACUUAGUUUGGCUUCUAUUCAUUACUUACGGGCUCAUUAUCAAGAGGCUAUCGAUGUUUAUAAAAAGAUCCUACUGGAGAACAGGGACUUUGAUAGCGACGAUUCGAGUAUAUAUAGCAUUAACGAAAAUCUAGGCGAUAAAAGUUCCGAUGUGCAUUUGAUCAGAGAGUUAAAAAGUUCCAGAGAUUACUUCGCGCUAAAUGUAUACGUUGCCUUGUGCUACUACAAAUUGGAUUACUAUGAUGUGGCGCAAGAAGUUCUUCAGGUUUAUCUACAGAAGUAUCCUGAUAGUGCGAUCGCCAUAAACUUAAAAGCCUGCAAUCAUUUCCGCCUGUACAAUGGUAACGCCGCACAAAAUGAGAUGAAGCAGCUGAUAGAUAAGAUGUCCAACUCUCUCAGCUUCAGUCACGAUCUCAUACGUCACAACACAGUCGUAUUUAAGGGCGGAGAAGGUGCGUUGCAAAUUUUGCCGAAUUUAGUGGACGUUAUACCGGAAGCCAGACUGAAUCUGGUAAUUUAUUACUUGAGACAAGACAACGUGCAAGAAGCGUUCGAAUUAAUCAAAGAUCUUGAACCGGCUGUCCCACAGGAGUACAUCUUGAAAGGGAUAGUCAACGCGGUAAUGGGGCAGGAAACGAAUUCCCGCGAUAACGUAAAAACGGCGCAACAAUACUUUCAAUUAGUGGGUUCUUCGGCGUCAGAAUGCGAUACCAUACCUGGCAGACAAUGCAUGGCCUCCUGUUUCUUCCUCUAUCGUCAGUUCGAGGAAGUCCUGGUGUAUUUGAAUUCGAUAAAAACUUACUUCUCCAACGAAGACAACUUCAACUUCAAUUACGCUCAGGCACAAGCCGCGGCGGGUUAUUUCAAAGAGGCGGAAGAGGCGUUUUCAAACAUAAGAAAUGAGAAAUACAAGAAUGAUUACAUUUACAUCAGCCUAUUGGCGCACUGCUACAUAAUGAACAAGAAACCUCAGUUAGCCUGGGACUUGUAUCUAAAAAUGGACACGACGACGGAGUCGUUUAAUUUGCUCCAAUUGAUCGCGAAUGAUUGUUACAAAGUCGGUGAAUUUUGGUAUGCGGCAAAAGCGUUCGACAUGCUGGAACGAAUGGAUCCAAGUCCAGAAAAUUGGGAAGGGAAACGUGGUGCUUGUUGCGGCACUUUUCAAUAUAUCGUAGCUGAAAGGCAAUCAAAAGAGCUCUUACCUGAGGUCGUACAGCUUUUGAAGAAUACCUCGAACUCACAAGUGGAACAGAUCAUUCGAGUGAUGCGUAAAUGGGGUAAAGAUAACAGAAUUAAUUGUUGAUGAUAGGAAUCGAGUGGACAGUGACUGAUCGUUAUCGUUAAGCCUGAAACGUUAAGCACGUAUCUGAAACACGUUGAACAGCUAUGGAAUGUUAAUGCAUCUUGUCAUAUGCCUGUGUAAAUUAUGUAUAUGCUAAUUCAAGACCACAGGCAAAAGAUACAGUAAAUUAUAUUUUUGCUUUUCACACAAGAGCAAUCUUAGGAUUCAAUAUCAAUCAAUUACACAUUACCAAAACUGCCUUUCUAGUAAAUUUGUUUGUGGGGUUCUUUUGGAAAAUAUUUGCCAAAAGACUAUCGAUACAUCAGUUCUGAAGAGAAAUUCCUUUUCAACUUUAUAGCUUCGUCUUCGAUGGCUAUUUGCAUCUUUGUACUGAAUACGUUUUUUUCUUUUUUUAAGUAUGUUAUAUCAAGGUAAAUCGUUUUAAAUAAAAAUCAAGAAGAAAAAUUUUUACAACAAAAUUGUGCUUAUCAAGCCUUCCCCCUGUGGUCUUUAAUUAUGAUAAAAGUAUUUUAUAUACCUGAAAUAUUUGUGCAGAGUAUCUUUUCAAUGAGUCCACGGUGUUGAUGAUUUAAUAUAAAAUAGAUAUAUUUAAACUGUGAUACACUCAUUUUAUAAUAUAAUAAUAAUAAUAAUAAUAAUAAUAAUAAUAAUAAUAAUAAUAAUCAUUGUAAUAGUAAUAAUAAUAAUAGUUAAUUUUAACAAACACAAUCGGUGAAUCGUAAAAACACCAUAGUUGAUGGCAUACACCACAUACGCAUACUUGCACAUCUCCGAUCAAAGAUUCGACAUUCUUCGGAACGGAAUACGUUUUUUAGAGAGUCACGGAGAAUCCAACAAUAUCUUUGAUUCCUUACGUGGUUUUCUAUGAAACGAUUCCGAUGGAAUGGCUGCUGAAGUUCAGCAAAAGAAACGAAAAAGAACACCCAUGUCCCAACGUUAUGGGCGUUUCGAAGAUAUUGAGCAGAUAAGAAAAUGCAAGGAAACUCUUGAACGAUACCUUUUCAAAGUAUAAAUACCUUUAAUUAUAUAAUAAAUCAUUUCAAACGCGUAUAUCACCUGAUGAUAAUCUACGUCUUUAAGUGUAAGCCGUGUCUGUCAUUUAAAUUCUCAUACUACUUAGAGAACUACGUAUUUAUUAAAUCGAUCUUAUUCUUUCUAUCGAAAUAUUUAGGCUUGAUGCAGACGAGAUAUGCUCGAAAUCGAAAUCGUAAGCUAAAAUAAUUAAUUUUUUAAUACAUUUUGACAUAUUAGAAACAAAUCAAAGUACAGAAAAUUAAUUAUUUUAGUCUGUAUUAAUAGUAAUGAAUUUUAGUAGUAUAGAAGGUAAUAAUUCACUAGUGUUUAAUGAGUUUAAAGCUCGUAUAUUGCUAUUUGAAUUACAUAAAUUCAUCUAAAAUCAUGUAAGAAAUCUAUAAACUAAUGAGACAAUUUUUGUAAAAUCAUCGAAUUAAAUUUAAAGAUUUCCAUUCACUAUUUGCGAUUUUGCAGCAGCGUGUGGAUUCAACAGGAUUAUGUUUUUAAUGCAAUGCGUACGGACCUACUAUCGAAAAUACAAACAUUAUUUUUAUUAUUAUUAGAACUGUACCAAAUGUUAGGGGUAAAUUUCUAAAAAAUAUUAGCCUGGAAUAAAUUUCUAAAAAAUAUUGUUCUGGAAUAAAUUUCUACAAAAAUAUUGCACCGUAUAAAUUCGACUACUAUGAAUAAGAGGCAGACACUUCUAAAUAUUCCUAAGAUAUUGCUGAAAUUUUGUAAUAACGGACACGAUCCAACAGAACUGAGAACGUAGAUUAUCGAAAGGUGAGCUAACCACAAGAAUGAUAGAAAACUCUCAACUUAUGUCCCGUGGUUUCUAGAAGGCGGUAAAAAGAGUGUUCCUUCUUCACAACGGUUCGAAGUUCCCAUGUCAUAUUUUAUACGACACGUUCAGAAAAAUGUAGAGAAGGAGUGCCCGACAUGAAAUCGUCGCUACGUAUCCCAUAUAAAAAUAGCACCAGAAAAAUUGGUUUCCGCGGUGCCUUUCGACGGCACGCGACAAUCGUAAUUUAUCAUUUUCAAUGAUUCGUGACCGAUUGACACGAAUCUCUAUACACGGCACUCGUUCUCCGGGCUCGUUCUCAUGCGACUCUGUUUAUUUUUCGUUACGAGACAUGGCUAAUAUAGUCAACCGGAUAAAAUAGUCUUGCGUGUCCACACACAGCAAUCGAUUAUUACGUGUUUCUUUAACAUUCUUAGACAAUGAAAAAAGAAAAAAAAAAAAGGAGGAAGGAAAAGGACAUCACGGUUCCUCAAUUUCCCAUACAUACAACAACGAUGAUAUCUGUGUUUCCGUCGAUAUUACGCUAAAAACGUAGCUUACUUUCCACUAUGCUAGAUGUGUAUGUUAAUACAGUUAAUGAUAGAGCGGGAAAAAAUCGUGUUCUCCUCACGCCAGCUUCCUUCUCUCGUUCUCCUUUCUCCCUAUUUUUAUACGACAAUCAUACAGAGGUAUGGAUCUACCUUUCACGCGAUCCUCACUUACUCUCUCUUCUCUUAUCUACGCUGUUUUUAUUUUCUUUAAAAGAUUCUAAGAUUUUGUGCUCCCACUUUCUCACGCCUUCAUACAACGUACGAGGAAAGUAUCCUUUUGUUCUUUUUUUUUUGCGUUUUUUUUUCAUAUUUCUUUUUCUUCUUUUUUUUUUCUUUUUGGCAAUCUGCUAACGGCCGAAUGAAAGACCGUCGCAUGGGCGGCGUAAUCUACCGUAUAAUGUUAACGUUAAAACUCGCUGCGCGCAAUAGCAACGACUAUGUGAAACAGGUUCUCUACGGAUAAUGCAACAUCCUGAUGCCUCCCAUUUGCGGUACAGUAAUUCAUUGGAUUCUAGAGUCCGAAGUGGUGAGAAACACUUAGAAACUUAUCGUCGAAAUCAUCGACCUACGAACAAGAGACUCCGCACACCGAUUGGUACAAAUUCAUCUCAGACUCUUCUAUUCUAUUCAUAUGAGCUUGUACCAAUGGGUAUUUCAAUUCCUAAAGUAUCUAAAUUCGAAAUUUCAAACGCUUAACUUUCGCUUAGCCCUUUGCAGUCGUUUACAGAUUGAGCUUGUACAUUGAUUCACGGUUUUUAAAAACUAGAUGUUCGUCGCAUUUGUCGCUUUACUUAUAUUCCUAGAUGAAACGUAACCACUAGACUGUAGAUAUUUACCGCAGAUUUCUUGAUUUUGCGAAUCACGAUUGGAGAAACGAGCAGAGAGGCUCGUCUCACGUGACAAGUAUCGACACGUUGACCGCUAAUGACGCCACGCUGGUGUCACUGGUAGUUCUCAGUUUUCGCGUUGACGAGUUCCGAGGAAGAAAUUUUAGUCGCAAUGGAAGCCUUUCGAUAUUCUGUGUAUCUCUACAGACUAUGAACAUGCAUUCCGAACAUUUUUAAAUUCCAAAUUCCGUAUAUCAUCGAAUAUCUCAUAAAUGUAUAAAUAUCUGUAGUCCAGAGAUUACUGAACUGCAAAGAGUUAAUUAUUCUAAUCGUACUACAGAGCUUUCAAAAAGACUUUCAUUUGGCGGGAGGUUUCACCGUCCCCUAAGCAGCCUCUAACUUACAGAGUAGAAGAACGAGCUUCUUUAAAAUGGGAGUGACAACCUCCACGAAGAAAGGUUCAUCCUUCACGAUCCAAGUACUGUACGGAUGUUGCAUAUGCUCGUCAAGACAUUUCGUCGUCGCGUAGACACAUGAAUGAACACGCGUACAACCUCUCUAUGCGACGUGGAAAUAUCUAGGAGCUUAGAUCGGUAAAUUACACGGUAAAGUUAAUAGUAAGAAAAAACGUCUACUUAAGAACCAUGUACAUAGAGUAUUUUGCAGCGGUGAUCUUGCAAUGAAACUAACUUCCGUCAUCGUGGAACGAGCGGUUCCGGCGUGUGACCAAGAGGAAGUUGGUUUCAGGAUUUUCUUAUAUCUACGAACGAUCCAGCAAGAUCGAGGACGCGUGGACCGUAGAAUUCGAACCAGCAGCGUACACGUUCGACAUCCACGGUCCACGUUUUAAAGAGUGUCGUUUGGCAUUUAAAUAUGGCGUUGUUAAGUGCUCGAGAUUGCGAGAAAUCUUCGCGAAUAUUCCGUUACGAGGAAAGUGUGCGAUCGAUGUAAUCCGAGGAUUCGAUGUUCUACGUGAAUUUUCUUGUUGAACGCGACUCGUUCAAGAGGGCAGUGUGUCGUUCAGAGUCGAACAGAAUUUCAUGAACGAAUCUCCAUGUACGCUCCUUGCUGCGAAUGAUUCAACACAGUUUGGAAGUCGUCGAGUACAGUAAUAUCUCGUGCAAUAUACUCUAACUUGUGCUUGACAAUGAUUGCUUUGGAGAAACUAGUUAAUCGAACUUACGAUAUCUUCAUAAUUUUAUAUAAUAAUAUGAUUAAUUAUAAUAAACGUAGAAACAAGUGGCUCAUGCUCGAAUCGAUCGCACGUGUUCCUUUUUAUACGCCGGUUCAUCGAUCGACGUAUUGGCGCAGGGCCAUUUGUCAUCAUAGUCAUUCUGUGUACUUAGUUGUUGUUCCUUGGUAGGCAGUUCACGUAAAAGACGGUGAAAAUUCAUAAGACACAAGCGGCUGAAUGUUAUAUACAUGUUCGCUAAUUUCUGAACGAAGAGAGAUUGUUCAGUGAAAGAGAAGCGUACGCCAGUGGGUCAACAAGGGAGGCACGAUAAUGAACUUUUUUUUUUUUUAAUAUUAAUACUGGUUAAUGCAGACGAUGAUUUCAAUCCUGUGUAUUUAUAAUUAGGAACUGAACAUCCGAGGUGAACUAAGAUUUCACAGAAAAAUUUCCUUGCAGAGUUUCAGGAUUCCUCUCAAGCAACGAUAAAACGUAUAAUAAUCGACGCGCUUUCGAGAGUUAAGGAUUAAUUUCCGCGUGUGACACAACACGCGCGAAUCUCGAAGGCGGAUCGAUGAUAAUAGUAGAAAAGACCUUGGUCACGAUGGCAUUUUAUGGAAGAAAUAUCGCAGAAAAAAACAAAAAGAACGGCGGUAAACGAUAUAUAUUCAGUCGUGUUAGAAAUCGAUUGUCCAACGAUUAACAUAGCACAUACGAUGAAAAUCAUCGCUUCAUUACAGUUCGUCUCGUAAUAAAAAAAAAAAAAAAAAAAAAAAA